UUGUCUGAGCUGCACAUUAUGGGACGCAAGCAACAAUAAUAAUUCAAUGGCCUGACAGUUAACAGUUUAUCAUUUGUUAUUUAUUCAUUUAGUUGGCAAUUUGUACAGUUACAUGACUAUUUAUUCCAUUCAACAAAAACAUAUUUUGCGCGGUCAUAUAUGCCAUCAUGUGCAACGCUGCUGUUCAGUUUCAGUAGCCAUUAAACGCGACAUUUACUAGCAACAUUCCAUUGAUAAUUUGUUGCUGAUCGUCACUAGCUAGUAUUCUUUCCCUCCGCAGCUUCCCAGACGCGUCUACUAUAAAGGAGGUUGGGGAGGCUGUGCUCACUACUCUCACUGACUAACAUUUUCCAAAGCGUUCGCAGGACAUUUGUGUGCAGGGGGAAUUCUAGCUUUUUUUCUUCUUCUUUUUUUGGCAUGACACUGUUAUUCAAAUACAGGUGAAAUGCAGCAGAAGGUAUGUGCCAGGAGGACCUCUCACUUCACUGAGAAUGGACAGGCUCGUGGGGCAUCUGCUGACCCCCAGCUCCCAUUCAGGUGCCCUCGGUGUGGGGAGCAUAAGAGGUUCCGUAGUCUGGCCUCAUUGAGAGCCCACCUGGAAUACAGCCACAGUUACUACCACACCAUGCACGAGCUGAGCCUUCCGACCCGCAGGGUGUAUUCCCACCCAGAGAGAGCCCUGCACGGACGCUCCCUGAGUGACACACGAGAGGUCACUAUCUGCAUAGAGAGGUGUUGUAUGCCCCGUGUGGGGACGCAGGCAGCUGAGGAGAUAAAGACUGAGAAUGAAGAGGAGGAGGAGGAGGAAGAGGCCAGUAAAGAUGGUCUCAAAAUCCACAAGUCCAGCCCUGGGACAUAUCAUGUCCCUUCCCCCUUUCCAUUUGACGAACCUCCAGACCCAAGCAGCAAGCUUGAGGUAGUGUUUCCAGAGCGGAAUGUCUGUACCGAGGAGAUGUCGCUCCGGCGCAGGCUGGCCAAGGUCCUACGGGUGGUGGACAGCACCAUGCAGAGGAGGCUGCACAGGGUUACCACGGAGCUUGCCAAGACGGACACAGAGCUGCUGUGUGAGUGUGCCCUCUCCCAGCACCUGGCGCAGGAGAGGCAGGAGGCACAGGAGAAGGAGCGGGCGCUGAGCCGGCAGGCGGACGUGGCUGUGAUGGUGAUUGCCACGCUGAAGGAGCAGCUGAAGGAGUCAGAGUACGAGCUGGAGAGGCGAGAACAAGAAGUCAUCACCAUUCAGAAUUUCCUUGAGGCUGCCACCCAGCAUGAGAUAUGUGGUAAAGUUCGGAUCCAAUGUUUCAUUGAGAACCUGCUCAAACGCAUCGCCCUGGCUGAGAGGCUACUGGAGUACUAUCAGAGCUCCCCCAGUCCACCAAACUACACAGAUUACAUGCACCAGACAGCUGAAAACAGACCUCAUAGAAUCCCCAAAAGCAGGUCAGCGGGUUGUCAGCUGUCACAGUCCUGUCCCCAGGAAGGUAGAACGCACCCCUCCCUAUUAGGGCGGAAAGUGGGUCACUCUAGCUACUUCAGACCUGAUCACAGAGAUGAAGUCUGGACCCAGGGCAGCAGAUCAGUUGGAUUUGAGGUCUAGGUAACCUGACCAGGGUAGAGAAAUGAAUGUAUAUAUGAUAUGUAUUUACUCAAUGUAUAGCUAAUACUGAGCAGGGUUGUAUCAAAGUCUUUAUGGCCAUGUGUACGCUGGUUUUUGCUCCAUUCUCAAAUCUUAUUUUGUCACAUGCUUUGUAAACAACAGGUGUAGGCUAACAGUGCAUUGCUUACUUAUGGACCCUUCCCAAAAAUGCAGAGAGGGGGAAAAAAUAGACAAAUUAAUAAAUACACAAUGAGUAACAAUAACUUGGCUAUAUACACAGGGUACCAGUACUGGGUCUAUGUGCAGGGGUACAAUGUAAUUGAUGUAGAUAUGUACAUAUAGGUAUGGAUAAAGUGUCUACGCAACAGGAUAGAUGAUAAACGGUAGAAGAGGCGUAUGUGAUGAGCGCAAAUAGGAUCAAUGCAGAUAAUCAAUAACUACCCGGACUAACUAUUUAGCUGUCUUGUGGUUUGGGUUAGAAGUUCUUCAGGGUCCUGUUGGUUCCAGACCUGCCGUGUGUUAGCAGAGAAAACAAUUUGACUUGGGUGACUGAAGGCUAUGACAAUUUUUAGGGCCUUCCUCUGACAUGUCCUGGUAUAGAGAUCCUAGAUGGCAGGGAGCUCGGCCCCAGUGAUGUACUGGGCUGUACGCAC